AUCAAAAUCACAGAGCCUGCACAGAGAUUAAUACUCGUAUCAUAUCACUAUGCCUUCCACAAGACUUCUCCUCAGAAACCUCGUUCUUGGCUGUUUCAAGCCCAACCCUCAAUCUUUGUCUUCUGCUAACAAUAAUCAUAAUCGUCAAAAGAAUAAGUGCUUGGCCUCCAGAAAGGUGAGCUCGAGAAGACUAUCUCUCUCUGAUCUCAGCAAUUCUUCUUCGCUCUCUAUCAUGAGUGAUCUCUCAAACUCUGUUCUGGGUUCAAAUCUUCAUAUCUUCACCCUCAAGGAGCUCAAGGAGAUCACCCACAAUUUCUGCAAAUCCAGUGUUCUCGGUGAAGGUGGGUUUGGCAAGGUUUAUAAAGGCUUCAUUGAUGACAAGCUCCGGCCUGGUCUGGAAGCUCAAGUUGUUGCAGUUAAGGUUCUGGACUCAGAUAGCAAACAGGGACACAGAGAGUGGUUGGCUGAAGUAAUCUUUCUGGGGCAACUGAAGCAUCCCCAUCUGGUGAACCUGAUUGGAUAUUGCUGUGAAGAUGAACACAGGCUUCUGGUUUACGAAUACUUGGAGAGAGGCAAUCUAGAGAACAAGCUUUUCAAGGGUUACCUAGCAGCCUUGCCUUGGCUCACAAGAAUCAAGAUAGCAAUUGGGUCCGCAAAAGGACUUGCUUUCCUUCACGAAGAAGCACAACCUGUCAUUUACAGAGACGUCAAGGCCUCAAAUAUCUUAUUAGACGCAGAUUACAAUGCCAAGCUCUCUGAUUUUGGUCUCGCCAUAGACGGCCCGGAAGAAGACCAAAUUCACAUCACAACUCGUGUGAUGGGUACUCAUGGCUAUGCUGCUCCUGAGUACAUCACCUCAGGGCAUUUGACGACCAUGAGCGAUGUGUAUAGCUUUGGGGUGGUUCUGCUAGAGCUGAUUACAGGGAAAAGAUCAGUGGAUAAGAACCGUCCGAUGAGAGAACAGGAUUUGGUGGAGUGGGCGAGACCAUUGUUAAAGGACCCUAAUAAGCUAGAAAGGAUAAUGGACCCGAGAUUAGAGGGUCAGUACUCUUAUGAAGGGGCUAGAAAAAUGGCGCUUCUGGCUCACCAAUGUCUGAGUCAACAACCCAAGUCUAGACCAUCCAUGAGAACCGUGGUUAAGACCUUAGAGCCACUAAUGAACCUGACUGAUAUCCCGGUGGGCUGCUUUGUCUAUGUGGUCCCCAGUGAAGGAACCGAAGAGAAAAAACCAGUUCAAUGUGGGGAUAUAGAGAUCAGAAGAAGUGGGGAUGAGUGUGAACAGGAGAAGAAGCAGGAGAUGGAGCAGACGAAGACGAAGAAGAAGAAGGUGAUGAUGAUGGAGGGUCUUCACAAGAGUCGGAAAGGUCAAAGACGCAGACGUCAGAUUAAGCUUCUGAGAUCAUCUGGUUCUGUUCAUUCGGAUACUGCUCUGUACAAAGUUCUUGGUACUAGGCUUUACUCUCCUAAGCAAGCACCGUGAUUCGAAGGGGGAAAAGACAGCCAUAAAAUGCAUAUGGUUCACCCUCAGUUUCUCAUCAUUUUUACGCACAAAGUGUAGAAAUAGAAAAAGGAAAAGAGAUAGAAACAGAGUCAUAGUGUACAGCAAGCAUAAAGUUCCCUUUUUUGUAUUUUUUUUCAUGGUAAAAAAAGUUUUUUAGGUGCUGAAUAGUUUUUUUUUGUUAAUUUUGAAGAUUGUAAUUUAGAUAUUUGACUAUGCCAGUAAUUACAUGUAGUAUACUUGAAAAGAUGUGAUUAACAUGUGUAAACAGAAGGGAGUGAAUUCAUUUACCGUA